UAGUUGGCCUCUCCUAUACAUAGGCCGAUUACCCUGAUCAUACUAGCAGUUACAUUUCACUCUGAAAACAGAGAGGUAUCCAAUAUAAGGGAAUAAAAUUGUGUCAAUGAGAUGAAGAUCCAAUGCAGGUUUUUAGCUCUCCUUGCCAGUGUUCUGUCUUCAGUGACGUCGAAAACUAUUACAACUGCAAUGGGUGACGUCACUGGUAUAAGUAUAUUAUUCGAGGAUAAUACAUACAUCAACAAAAGUGUAAAUGUAGACGUGUACCGCGGGAUCCCAUUUGCUGAACCCCCUUUAGAGGGUCUUCGAUUCAAACGUCCUAUCGAAAGAAAGCCGUGGAGUCCAGAGGUUUGGAACGCUACUUACUACAGAAAUGUGUGCGAACAAACGAACCCUAACAUUGUAUCGGCGGAGACUUCAGAAGAUUGCUUAUACCUGAACAUAUUUGUUCCUCAGUCUGCGAAGCCGGGAACAGCAGUGAUGGUUUGGUUCCAUGGUGGUGCUUAUAUCGUAGGAGGCGGAUCUGAACCUGAAUAUGAUCCAACACCAUUAGCUGUUGUCGGUGACGUCAUCAUAGUUACUGUAAAUUAUCGUUUAGGAAUCUAUGGUUUCCUAGUUACCGGCGAUGACGAGGCCCCAGGAAAUUAUGGAAUGCUUGAUCAGAUUCUCGCUUUGCAAUGGGUCCAAGAUAACAUUGCAGCGUUCAAUGGUGACCCGAAUUCUAUUACUAUCUUCGGUGAAAGUGCAGGAGCAGCAAGUGUGCAUUUGCAGAUCCUAUCCCCCUUAAGUAAGGGCUUGUUUCAACGAGGUAUUAUGCAAAGUGGUUCAGCGCUCCCCGGUUGGGCUGUUGAGUUGGAUAAAGACAAGGCUAUUUCUAAUGGAAGACAUGUUGGUAGAUCCGUCAACUGCACUCAAGAAGACUCCGCUGAAUUUGUAGCGUGUCUUCGUAGCAAACCCAUGAAAGAUGUUACUGCAGCUCAACGUCAGUUGGUCUUACAAGUUACGAAUGUAGUCCCAUUUGUACCAAUUGUGGAUAAUUAUUUUCUGUCAGAUGCACCAGCAACGUUAGUUGCCAAGAUGGAAUACCAGGCAACAGACAUCCUUAUAGGUACUAACCACGAUGAAGGUGCACUCUGGGCUCUCAAAGACAACUUAAAAUACAUCAGUUCAGAAGAACCUCCGGUAAUGCUCCUCGAUGAGUUUCGAUCUACUUUCCCAAAAUACAUUCAUAUUUACAGUAACCCGUAUGUAAUGGAUGCAAUUGAGCAUCAGUAUUUGGACUGGACAACGGUUGAUAACAAUCUAACAAGUCACUUAGAUGAAUUUAUUCAAAUGACAACUGACCAAGACUUCGCAUGUCCGGCAAUAGACGUCGCAAGGGCGCAUGCUACGCGUGGCAAUCGAGUGUACCAGUACGAGAUGACGCAUAUUCCGUCAAUGUCUGUGUAUACCGUCGGCAGAACAUUGGGACCGAAGUGGCUAGGAGCAACCCAUGUUGAGGAAGUCCAAUACACGUUCGGAUGGGGUUAUAAUCCGGCACUACGCAAACGAUACAAACAGACAAAUGAAGAGUUAGAAAUGUCAGUGCAGUUUAUGCGUUACUGGACGAACUUUGCCAAAUUUGGCGAUCCAAAUGGAUCACCAAAUGAAACAUCGAUCUAUCCUGCGUGGCCAGUCUUUACUAUUCCAGAGUUAUCUUAUAAAGAUUUGACACCAGCAAUGGAGAAUAAACGCGCUCUCAGGGCAGAGGAUUGUAGCUUUUGGCGCAACAGUAUAUCCAGGCGUGCUACGUAUGUCGAUGACAUUGAGAAUCUUCAGAAAGACUGGAGUGAAAGUUACAAAUUGUGGAAACUCGAAGACAUGGCUGGUUGGCAUACUGAGUUUGAGAACUUCAAAAACGACAAUAACCCUUGCCAAUAACGAACUGAAAUGCUGGACGUUUGAGUGCAAGCUCUUCUAGAUCUGGAUCUAACUCCGAAAAAAUGGAUAUUCACAUCACAUCACAUCAGAGUUAAAAUGGCUUCUUUAACCAUCAGGAAAUUGCUUGUUAAUCUUUAUUCACAAGUGACCAAAUGACCUCUUAAUAACUUUCAUUAUUAAAAUAAUAUAAUAUUACGAUAAAUAUUGCAACUAGACAUGCGUGCUUUAUAAAAAUUUAUGGUAAUACAUUUAGAAAGUUUUAGAUCUUUUCAUACGACGCUAUUUAUAUAAGUAUAAAGCAAUAUGGGCCUAAUGUGUUUCUUGUAUUAUUGUAUUUGGGAACAUAUUUUGAAGUACGAUUGAAUAGGUAAUGAGAUAAUAUUGGUCCUCUAUAUAGGUGGUUAGGCUUAGCUCUGUCGAGAGAUCUCAUUCCGUCAAGAAACAUUGAUUUUUUAAUCAACUAAUCAAUAUUUAUUUAGCAGACAUAGACAUUAAUUAAAAGGCAGUGGAUAUAUAGCCGGUGGACAUCAUUUCCGUAAUGAUUAUUGCGGGUGCUCUUUAAACAUACAGUAGCCUUAAAAAAUGUGCAAAUUAGAGCUACAGCCGGCAAAAUAAACAUUGUGUAAUUAAAAAAUAUAGGCCCCCUAUGUAGCAAUCAAAAUAAAUUAAUCAGCAAAAGAGUUGCUUUCUCUCCUUGUUUAAAUGUAGCCUAUGUCUACUAUGCCUGAGCUGCUGACCAGGGUUAAUUUCAUAUAAAUUUUUGGUUAUAUAAAUAAUUGUCAUAGACCUAUUCGUUCAUCACUAUUUACUGUAUAAUUAUCUUGCUUUGAUAAUCGCCAAUAUCUAUCGAUAGCUUACAAUUAAAUAGCAACGAUCAAGCAAAGUCCAUCGACAACAUUCGGAGGUCUUUUCUCUGCUUGUUUGUUGUACAUAUUAUAAUCCCAGAUUCAGCCGACAUGUGAUGUUUGAACAACAUUUACUUUAUCACAAUUCAAAAUGAAUAUGGGUGGAUUAUUAUCAACCCCCGGACAGCGGUCCAAAAAAGAGUUUUAAAAUUUGGAUCGCGAGAUAUCAGAAUUUAAAAAUAAAAAGCAAUUAAUUAGAAGAAAUUUUAUUUGACGAUUGAGGUCUAUUACUUGCGUUAUUUGUGUCUUUGUGUGAGAAUGUAUGCCCAUUGUUCUAAUCAGGCUGAUGGAAAUUUUAUGGAUUGAAAGAAACAUGCCUUUAAUGGAUUCAUUGUUCAUUUCAUUGAACUCGGGACAUUUUCCAUCAUUAUUACUUUUAUUACACAAAAAAAAUGUAUUCAAGUAAAAUAAAAAUUACCUCACCAUUUGUAGACAAAAGAUCUAUCCAAAAUAACAGGCAGAAAAGUUUACAGACAGAAAAAUGCACACCUAAACCAGUGAUUAACCCAAAGAAGGGGAUGGGGGAGCGAAUGGUGGUAGGUGCCAUAACCCAUGUUUGACAGAUUCAAAACUGUAGCACCUCACCUGUUAGGUCUAUUUUACCGGCCCGAUUUUGGCCCCCGGACCAAAUUUUUCCUGACAGGUCUAUACAUUUUGGAACUUACAGGGAAUAAAAAAGAAUUAGACCUUACUGUUAUAAAGGCAUAGAAGAUAAACUAAAAUGUAUAUAUAGAGUACUACAGUGUUAUGUGAUACUACUCCAUUGCUAUCGUUGCAAACCAUUGAUCCCAAUUUCUAACGUUAUUAUUAAG